AUGCAAUCCGAUCCGAUAUUUAUGACAAUGCAAUCCGGUCCGAAAUUUAUGAGAAUGCAAUCCGGUCCGAAAUUUGUGACAAUUCAAUCCGGUCCGAAAUUUAUGAGAAUGCAAUCCGGUCCGAAAUUUGUGACAAUUCAAUCCGAUCCGAUAUUUAUGACAAUGCAAUCCGGUCCGAAAUUUAUGAGAAUGCAAUCCGGUCCGAAAUUUGUGACAAUUCAGUCCGGUCCGAAAUUUGUGACAAUUCAAUUUUUAAGAAUAACAUCUAUUCCGAAAAAGUUUUAUUUAUAA